CACCCCACCCCCUGCCCCCUCACAUGGUAAAUGCACCAUUUUUGUGAAUCUUGCUAAUGAAUAACAACAUAAAUCAUAUUCACAUUUUUCAUGUAGUCUAUUACUGUCUUUUCUUCCCCUUUCUUUUCCACCAUUCUUCUUCCUUCCCCACUAAGAAUGCCGGAGCUGGGUUUUCAAGAUUUGCGGGCGGGCUUAAGGGCCCGUGAUUUAAGCCCGGAUUCAGUCAUCUUCACUGGCGAUACCAAUUUCAGCCUCUUCUCCUCUGCCUCUGCCAGCGUCGAGCGCUGCUCUUUCACCUCAGAUGUUCCUGAUCAAGAAUCUGUUUCAUCUCAAAUGGCAUUGAGUGGUCCAGAUCCAGAUCCGAACAAAUCGAUAGCGGUUCAUAGGAAUAGUGUUAGCCUCAGCAGAAAGGAGAAACCAAAAGUUCAAAAAGUGGAUAGUAGUGAGGCUGAGACCACUGAGGAUGAAAAUGUAGCCCUAGAUUCCGCAAGAAAUUCCUUCUCUCAGGCUCUAAAAGAAUGUCAAGACCGAAGGUUGAGAUCCGAGGUUCUGUUGAAAAAGGCAGACCGUAGAAGGCCGGCUUCUCUCGAUCUCAACAAUGCCGUGACUUCCACCUCACCGAGACUCGCAGUGAUGAAGAAACCGUCUGCUGCUGCGCGGAAGACUGGGACGUUUCCUAGCCCUGGAACGCCCAACUAUCGACACACGAGCGUUGGUGUCCAGAAAGGGUGGAGCUCCGAGCGCGUUCCACCUCACACUAGUGCAAGCAGGAGGAAUGUGAGCACCGCAUUGCUGCCUUACCAUAAUGGGAGGACUCUGCCUUCGAAGUGGGAGGAUGCGGAGAGGUGGAUUGUUAGCCCCGUGUCGGGGGAUGGUGCUAUGAGAGCCUCGCAGCAGCAGGCGCAGAGACGGCCUAAGUCGAAGAGUGGCCCCCUCGGCCAUCCCGGGGCUGCUUAUUAUCAAAUGUUCUCGCCUGUAACUCCCAUGUUCGAAGCCAGCCGCGCUGAGAAACUCACGGCGAAUUCUCCCUUUUCUGCUGGAGUGAUGGCGGUGGAUGGCUUGUCUAUUCGCUACGGAGGCGGGGAGGGCACGGGGAACUUUCACCAUGGCAACGAGCCGUGCAUGGCUCGGUCGAUUAGUAUUCAUGGAUGUUCGGAGAUGAUCAGCCAGUCGUCGUUGCCAGGAUCCCAGGAUGCUAAAUACGAUGCGAUGGAGGACUCUGCCAACAACGUAUCGCGUGCUGUUUCGAGGAGGGAUAUGGCGACUCAAAUGAGUCCGGAGAGCAGCAACCACUCCUCACCGAGAAGAGACUCUUCGUUCUCUCUAGCUACUCCGUCUAUUCUACCCGUUGUAGAAGCGCAGAGCAUACGACCCGCCAGACCGGAGAUGAGGGACGUGCUAGUUGACGAACGUGUCACUAUGACAAGGUGGUCCAAAAAGAGUAGGGGUAAGAAUCCAGGACGGAGCAGUCGAAAUGGUGACGACUGGAAAAGAAAGGCUGCAAACGAUCAUUCGGAUAGCUGGGAGGUUUCGUCCGAGACGUCAAAGAGCAUUUCAAAGAUUCAGAGGGAGGAAGCUAAAAUCACAGCAUGGGAGAAUCUGCAGAAAGCAAAAGCCGAAGCUGCAAUAAGAAAACUCGAGAUGAAAUUGGAAAAGAAGAGGUCAUCAUCCAUGGACAAAAUUAUGAACAAGCUGAAAUCCGCGCAAAAGAAGGCCCAGGAGAUGAGAGGUUCGGUGAUGGUCAGCCAGACGACGACCAACCAGAUGGCAAGACCCUCGGAGAGAGCAUUAUCCUUCCGAAGGUCUCGACCAAUUAGUUCGUUGAGUGGAUGCUUCACCUGUCAUGCUUUCUAGUGAUGCACAGACGAAACGAUGCUCUGAUCCAGCUUUCGAAACGCUUGGGAAUAUCUUUGGAGGUUGCAGAAGUUAAAUCUUGUAAGGUUGUAUGAUUGUAAGUAUUAUUAUUCUGAAAUUGAAAUGUUUCAUUGUCAAAAGGUGAUCCAUUCAUAUUAAUUUGUGGAUUGAUUGAUUAGUUGAUCUAUAUGCAUAAAAACCUUUGGUUAUAAUUACUUGAAACUAUUUUUUAUUU